AUGAUGGGAACACGAGGGCCACUUGUCGUUCUUGUAUCUGGUGGUGGACCGGUCAGUCUCACCUUUUCACUAAAUCUUGCCAUGAUGAUGGGUGAACGUGUUAAAAUAAUUAUUUAUGAAGCUCGAUGGUUUGUUGAUGAACGUGGCAAUGUUCGUUGGCAAGAUAAACAACAAAAGAAAACUCGCCGUAAUCAAGUUGUUAUAUUGCAAGAUCAUGUCAUUCAACAGUUUCCUGAAAAUAUUCAAAAAGGUCUGUUUAAAACUAUCGACGAACGUGUAUGGCCAACAUCGAGAAAUAUUUCAAUUCGAGAGGUCGAAGAUCGACUUUUUGAGUUGCUUGAACCAUUUACUGCUAGUGGUCAAGUGGAAUUAAUUUGUGAACAACUGGAUGAACAAUCAAAACAUUUGGUCGAAGGUAAUUUUGACGUGUUGGUGGGUGCCGAUGGAUCGAAUUCAUUUGUUCGACGUUAUUGUAAUAUACAGAUGAUAAGUGAAGGUAUCGAAUAUGCGUGCGGUGUAGGAUACGAUGUACCUGAAGAUAUAUCACCAUCUGAUCAAACUCUUCAUCAAGCACUCAAUUGCAUACUGAGUGCUUCGCAAACUCGUUAUAUGGUGAGUUCAUCGUUAAGUUGUCAAGGAUAUCUUUAUAUUCGUUUGGGUAAAAAUGAAUACGAAGCAUUACGUCAAUGCUUACAAAAAGUUCAGAAUCGUGAUGAACCGUUGGAUUUACCAAAUCGUACAAAAUGGCCACAAUCGCCGAUAUUGUCCAUUAUUCGAGAAGGACUGAAAUUUUUCAAUAUUAAUGAAAAAUUUAUUUCUCGCAUUGCACCAAUCGAAAUUAAUGUUCGGCAUGCAUCUGUUGUUAUUCGAGAACUCCGUUCUGAAAUUAAUCUAAAAGAACCUAAAAAAAUACUGGCAUUUCUUGUGGGUGAUGCUGCAAUGAAUGUGCAUUUCUGGCCAGGUCGAGGUAUGAAUAGUGGUAUGAAAGCAGCCAUGGCACUUGCUCGCAAUAUUCAACGUUCAUACAUAGCCAACAUUUUACCUCACCGCCAAGAGAACCAUUCUUCGCUUCCAUUUCUCGAUUUUCUUGACUAUGAAAGCUUUAUGGCUCGCCUUCGUGCACGCGAACAACAAGGCCGUUCCUUACGUGUACUCGCCAGUCCAAUCGAUCUGACUCUGAAGGGAGUUCCAAUCAAUCCUUAUCCAAAUUAUUCGUAUGAAGAACAUAGAGAGCAGCUGAAAAAAAAACUAAUAGAUACACGAGAAGAGUUUCAAGGACUACCAGAUUGGCCUCAUAAAACAAGGUCGGUAACUGAUACAGAGUUAGAAGACGUAUUCAAUCGAAUUGACUGGCAUACUGUUACUAAACUCGCAUUAGCUAAUGCAUGGCCGACACGAGAAAUGAAUGGUGUUGAAGUUCUCGUUGAAGAUAUGUUUCCAAUCAAUCAGCAAUCAUGUUUAUCAUUACCAAAGUCAGCUCAUAAAAAACCUUUAACCUGUCAACCAACGAUUGCUUCACGACGUCGUUUUCGCAUUUUAUGGAUCGACGGCGAUACGAUAAAUGAAAGUACACAAGAAUUAAUCGCCACAAUUCGGGCUUCUCCUGAAUUUGUUGAUCUAUCAUCCAUGCUAGCACAAGGAUCAGUUCAAUCUUACAGCUCAUCUGUUAAUAUUCUCAACAAGCUAGAUGUGUUUCCUACUACCAUAUCAGCUCUAAAUUGGAUUAGAGAGAAUCGUAAAACUAUAGAUGAACCAGAUAUUCGCGUGAAAGUUAUCAUUAGAUGGCCUCUGCACGAAAAUAAAGAGCUAGUUGAUGUGAUUCGAAACAUUCGUACUCAAGUAUCGCGUGUUCCUAUACUUGUUUAUACUAAUGAAUAUGAAGACACACAGAUGGCAUUUGAAUUUCCAAGUGUUAUUAUUACAAAUACGACCAGCGAUCUCUAUGAGUUUGUCGGUAUCAAUCAAGAAACACAGUGGGAUGACGAUUGCUCUAUGUCACAAGAAGAACAAACUCCAGUAAAAGUAGUUGAAGUUACACAUUCUAAACCAGGAAAGAAUGGUCGUCCAAAGGUUUGUUUGGUUGGUAUUGAUAUAUUUACAGGCAAUCGCUACGAAGAUAUUCGUUUAGCCGCAGAUAAAAUUCAAGUACCACAUAUUAUCAAACAGGAUUAUCUGGUAGCAGAUAUCACAAAUGAUAACUCUGUUACUUUAUUUAAUGAGGAGACAUAUGAAUUUCAUAAUGAGAUAAAAUUAAACAAGGAUUCGAAUAUCGCUGGUCCAUUGCUCGACAAGUUCAAGGAAGAUAUUGGUCAGAUAAAGAUUACUGUUCUCAAAGCACUCGGCGAAGAGCAAAUUAUAGCAUUCAAAGUGAUAGAAUAG